CUCCUCCAACGGCCGCGCCAGCCGAGCCGCGCCGGACCUGCCCCGGCCCCGCCCCCGUGCACCUCCACUCCACCGCGGCUGCCCUCUCUGCCUCCCUCUCCUCCGUCCGUCAGUCCAUCCCUCCGCCUGGCGGAUCCGCGGCGCCUCCCACUUCGGACUCGAGUCCCAGCCGCUGGGAUCUGGAGCCCCGCGCCAUGAAGCCGGCCUCGGGCAACGAGCGCAGCAGCCCCCCGGGCCCCGCGGUCCCGCCGCCGCCCCGGGGUCACGCUCCCUCGGCUACCGCCCGCAGCCCGGGCCCGCUGAACUCCCCGGAGCGCGAACCCGCGGAGGAGCGGCAGCUGAGGAUCAGCGAGAGCGGCCAGUUCAGCGACGGGCUGGAGGACCGAGGCUUGCUAGAAAGCAGCACCCGGCUGAAGCCUCAUGAAGCCCAGAACUACAGAAAGAAGGCAUUGUGGGUGUCUUGGUUCUCCAUUAUUGUAACACUGGCCCUUGCCGUGGCUGCCUUCACUGUCUCCAUUAUGAGGUACAGCGCCUCUGCUUUUGGGUUUGCAUUUGAUGCCAUCUUGGACGUCUUGUCAUCGGCGAUUGUCCUGUGGCGUUACAGCAAUGCAGCUGCUGUACACUCUGCCCACAGAGAGUACCUAGCCUGUGUCAUCCUGGGGGUGAUAUUCCUUCUGUCAUCCAUAUGUAUAGUGGUCAAAGCCAUCCAUGACCUCUCAACCAGGCUGCUCCCAGAAGUGGAUGAUUUCCUGUUCAGCGUUUCCAUUUUAAGUGGGAUCCUUUGCAGCAUCCUGGCUGUGCUGAAGUUUAUGCUGGGGAAGGUUCUGACCAGCAGAGCACUUAUAACAGAUGGCUUUAACUCCCUCGUGGGCGGCGUGAUGGGCUUCUCCAUUCUUCUUAGUGCAGAAGUGUUCAAGCACAAUGCAGCAGUCUGGUACCUGGAUGGCAGCAUCGGGGUGUUGAUUGGCCUCACAAUAUUUGCCUAUGGGGUCAAGCUCCUCAUCGACAUGGUGCCAAGGGUGAGGCAGACGCGUCACUACGAGACAUUCGAGUGAAGGUGGCUGGGGCCGGCAUGGGCCCCAUCUGCAUGAAGACUGUCAAGGUGACCAGAGGUUUCCAUGCCGGCGGACAGUGCCAACACUCAACUGAACAUGGUUUGUCUGUUUAUUGGAAGUUUUCUUUCAUACAGUUCGUCCUCACAAGCCAAGAUCUGCUCAGCGGGUGGAUGUGCCUCACACGCUCACACCAUGGCUGUCACACACAUUAGGACUGUGUUCAGAGGAGGGGACCCGCUUCCCCAUCCGGAGCCGGAACUGAUGUUUUCGAUAUUCUGGAGUAAGACAGUUCUUGUGGGUAGGGUAAGAGCCCAUCCGUGGUUCUCUAAGCCUGAAACAGACAGUGACUGACCAGGUCCACCUCCUCGGUAGUGUGUGUAGCCCCAGCCACCACCUGGUUCGAGAGUCGCUCCUGGCAGAUUUUAAGGAAGACCGUGCCCUUUUGUCCCACAUCCCUGUAAAAACCCCAAACCAUCAGUAUAUCCUCCUUGAUUUCUAUCAGUGUACUUCAUUAGUUUCAUACUGUUUUACUAAUUCUAAACCUAAACAGAUUUGUUCAAAAGGAGGCCAUUCUAUUUUUUAAAGUACUUAGUGAUACACAUACGAGCUUUGCAUGGACAAGCUAAAUAAGCACAUAACCCUUUCUCAUAUGUUCAGGACCUGCACAUCCAUGUAAAAACAGGAUCCAUUUUUGAAAGAUGUGAAACUAGUUUAUUUGUAAUAAAUAAUGAUAUAAUCCGUAUAUGCAUAUAUCUAUAUGCUGUGUUAAGUGGUAAUGGUACAGUACAGUGUGUGAGAUGGUUUACUCCUCUGUAAGGAAUGAGACAUUCUCAGUUGAUGUAACGUUAGGUGUAGAUUCCGUACCUGUCCCCUUCCCUGGAAUGUUCUGUACCUCUCACAGUACUGCCUGUCCAGGCAGCAGUGUCUGGACAAUAAAGACCUUUACCUGUUUUGUAUGGUA